CCUAAUGCAAGCGGUGCAAGCGCAAGCUUUGUUGUUUGUUAUUGCGGCGUGCAGAGGAGAGGAAAGAGGAAACAGCUGUUGGCCAAGCUCGGGAUGCGAGUCAACGUGUGAGCGAGCGUGCGUUCCUCCAGAAAAAUGCCUCCGAAGGACAAGGAGAUCCUGAAGGAGAAGGAGGUGCUGCAGGCGGUCGUGGUGGACGACCUGCUGAGCCCCGACUUUCCCUUCUCCGGCCCCAAGGGUCUAUUGCGGCUGGCGAACGUGCGUCUGCUGGACUACACCCUGGCGAGCCUGAGCGCGGCCGGCGUGGAGCAGACCCUGGUGUACGCGGCGCAGGGCAGCGAGCAGCUGCAGGAGCACGUCAAAGCCUCAGGGUGGGGCGAGCCGGGCGUCAUGGCCGUGCAGGUGGUCGCCUGCCAGGGCAGCCUCACCUUCGGUGACCUAAUGCGCGAGCUGGACGCGCGCAACGCCAUCCAGGGCGACUUCUUCCUGCUGACCGCCGACACGGUGUGCACGGCCGACCUGCGGCCGCUGCUGCUCCGCCAUCGCGCCACCUGCGCCAGGGACAAGAACGCCGUCGUCACCCUGGCGUUCGCGCAGGCCGAGCCGCAGCACGCCGCCCGCACCGAGCCGAAACAGCUCCUCCUCGGCACGGCCGCCACCGGACGCGUCCUCGCCCACCAAAGGCUCGACCCUGACGCCAGGAACCUCGAUCUGCCGCUCGACCUCAUUCUUCAAGGUCCAGGCCUCGAGCUCAGGUACGACCUGAGCGACCCUUGUCUGGCCGUUUGCUCUCUGGCUGUGCCGCCGAUCUUCUCGGACAACUUUGACUUCCAGACGCGCGACGACUUUGUGCGCGGCCUGCUGCUCAACGAGGACAUUCUCGGCCACACCAUGUACGCGCACAUCCUGCAGGACGAGUACGCCUCCAGGGCGCACUCGCUGCCCUCCUACCUGGCCACCAGCGUGGACGUGAUCAGACGGUGGACGUUUCCCUUAACGCCGGACGCGUCUCUUUCGCAGGUGGACAGGGGCUACCGUCUCGACGUCGUGUCCAAUGUCUGCAAACAGUCCGACGUCAGCAUCGGACGCAGCGACGUGGAAGACUGCGUGAUCGGCGAAGGAAGUGUGAUUGGCGACAACUGCCGAUUGCGAUUGUGUGUCAUCGGCAAAAAGUGCGUCAUCCAAGACGACGUCGACCUCUGCGGCGCCGUUCUCUGGGACCACUGCGUCGUAAAGAAAGGCUUCAAGAAGAGCCACUUUUUGGCUCCGGAGCGAACCGAGCUCUCUAAAAAUAACGACAAAAGCAUUUCAGUCGAAGUGGUGGAGCGAUUGGACAGUGUGGACAGCGACACCGACAGCAGCGAGGACGAAGGCGAUGCGGCGGUUGAGGUCGACGAGUACGAGAACUUUUUCAACGAGGUGCAGGACAGUCUGGAGCGCGGCUUUAGGGAAAAGGUGAACACGGACGACCUGGUGGUGGAGAUCAACUCGUCACGCUUCGCCAACGACAUACCGGCCAACGAGGUGAGCCUCUGGGUGAGCAAGGUGGUGCUCGGCCUGCCCGCCGCCCUCAAGAAGCCUCCCAAGGACGUGCUCACCUACUUCCGGCCCAUCCUGCGCAAGUACAUCGGCAAGGCGUCCGCCGACCACCUCAACUGCCUCCUCGCCCUCGAGGAAGUGACGGCUGAAGGUCCGGCCGAGGCUGCGAAAAUGCUGACGCUGCUGUACCAGAUGGACGUGCUGGAGGAGGACACGAUUGUCGAAUGGUUCGAGGAAUCUGCCGGACAGCAGCUCCGCCAGCAGGCGAAUAUGAGAAAGUUCAUUGAUUGGCUGCAGACUGCCGAGGAAGAGUCCGACUGAAACAUCCAACAAACGGUGCGCGUCGCUGCGCGGUAAUGAGCUGCCGCCGCCGGCGGCGCAUUCGUCACGCCGCGUCCGCGGCCGAAACAAAGCACUGCCUGCGACACUCGCCCCGAAAAUCAAUUUCCUUCUUUUCCUUUUUGGACGAAAUUAGAGGAGCAGCAGAAUGACACGCGCGACGCUGGCUGAAAAUUCGUUUGCUGCGUAUGCAAACGAGUCGGUCGCAUGAGUCGCCGAAAUCACGAGAGGAAUUAAAGGCCGCCACACAGGUCGGCCCAAAAUGCGCCUCCUCAUCUCUAUUUUUUGGUUUGUAUGAAUUUGAGUGUGUCUCGGAUGGAGAGUUAAUAAAUGAAUAAUAAAUUACA